UUUCAUAUUUAGUUCAUUGUCAACUGGUCUAGAUAUUCGCUAUUAUGGUGGUCGUUUCUAUAUCUUUACUAAUUCCCGUGGAUUUGGCGACCGAGUGUUAGAAACUAUUGCUUUUAAUGAAACUUCAAGUGGAUGCGUAGGAUGUAAACUGGAUUGGUAUUAUGCUGGUUUUUCGCAAGUUGAUGAAACGUAUGUACUACAAUCAUUAUAUAAGAUGUUAACGGACUAUGAAUUGGAUAGAUCACAUUCUGGAGGGGUUCCUGGAAAGACUAUAGUGUACUUUAAUUAUGCUAAAACAUUAAAACAAGAUCGUAAUUUUCAAAAUGCUUAUUGGGAACUGAAAAAUAAACAUCGUGAUGUUCAGAUCUUUGCAGUUGGUUCUGAUCGAUCUUUAUUACAAAGGCUUGCUACAGAUUAUGAGAAAGUGAUUUUAGAAGACACUGCUAAGGAGAUUGUGGACAAUUUAAAAAAUGAAAUUUGCGAAUCACCAGGAAUUCUUCAAUAUAAAGAAUGUAAUGAAAGACCAAGCGUCCUAGAUGACUAUGAUUCGGUAUUCCAAGGCUACGUAACUCCUAAACGAAUACAGUAUUGGUCUAUGUUUCCUGAAUUCUUCUUGAAAAGUUUUCACAUAAAAUUUCAGUUCAGUGCAGUAGAUGGCAAUAUUAGAGUAUGUUUUUCCAGAUAUAAGACACAUAUACAUAAAGGGUAUUGCCAAGAAACUUCAAGUACAGAUGAUGUCUUAAGUGUUUAUAUAUCUAAUCCAUGUAAAGGCAAAAAUGUAUACAACUGCGAUCCUUUCCACUUUUCCAUAGAAGGAAAGGACACAGGUAGUCACGAAGCAAAGUGUUUAGAUAAAGAAUGUAAAACCUUCGAUCAGAUUAAGUUUACAAUAAGGCACGAAGGAGUAUCAUGCAAUGGAUCAACUGGGUUAUUUUCAUCCUUCACACUUAUAGCUUUAACGUUAUUUUACUUGAUGAAAAUGAACAAGUAGAAAAUGACACACAAUGAUUUUAAAUAUCAAAAUAAACCUGUUAACCAUUUUUUUUUUCUACAUACAUGUGUGAGUUGUAGGUACAAAUAACUGUUUAUCUCAUUGAUGUAAGCUAAAUAUGAAAUUUAUAAUGGUAAUUUUCUUAAUAAAUUUUCCUUUUUU